AAUUACUUUAUUUCAUAGAUAAAAGAGAGAAAAACUAUUAAAAAAUGGCGUCUAAAGGACAAAAGGACAAAAAGGAAACAGAAAAGAAGAAAGAAGUUGAAAAAAAAUCUGAUCUUGGUGCAUUAGAAGAAGAUGAUGACUUUGAAGAAUUUCCAACUGAAGAUUGGAAAGAGGACCAAGAAAACGCAGACGAUUUGCACGUAUGGGAAGACGAUUGGGAUGAUGAUGACGUCGAAGAUGACUUUUCCCAACAACUAAGAGCGGAACUGCAAAAGAACGGACAUGUGAAGAAGUAAGCGAUGGGAAGACGUUGCAGUUGAAGCAUUAAAACAAGAACUGCGUAACCACUGACUCUGUUGUCACUGUGCUGUUGUCAAAUUAUUUAUAUCUCUGCAAGUGUUUUUUAAUUUCUUUUUUUUUGGUUAAGAAUAUCUGUCGUUACUGAAAGCUUA